AUGAGACGGUUUCUGAACAGCCAAUGGCCAAGGGAAGGUGCUAAAAGAUGCUUUGCGUUACCUUGGACAUCCUCUAUUCCCCCUAGGGAUGAUAUUCGCUGGGAGGGCAUCGGGAAUUGUGUGGUCCAACAGGCCCUAGCUGCAGAUACCGGUCGCUUGGCCUUUGAAGAGUGUGCUAUUGCUAGACAACAACUAGAAACUCUUGUUCAGUCCGCCGGAUAUGAUGCGAAUGUUUACGUGUUUGGUGGAUUGGUGGUUUUGGGACUUUUAGAAGUGGGGGGAGAUGUGGAUUUUGUGGGUGUUCUUGACGUUGAACCUGGAAUUGGAGAAGCAGGUGAUAUUGUGUCCCGUUUAUCGCGAGAAAUGCGACGCCUCGGUAUGAAAAGUGGUGCAUUACCAAGAGCUCGUGUUCCUAUUAUAAAGGUUGAUAGAGUGAGUAAAUUGCUUCCUGGUACACCACUUCAUCACUUGUCUGCCUGUGGUUUGUUUCAAUUUACACGACAGCUAAAUAAUACUGAAACAGAAACGUUCCGUACGCGGAUGCAAGAAAACUAUUCUGCCACUCUUGUUGACUGGAAUAACAACCAUCAGUUUGCAACGAUUGAAUUUGCGUCUACCACAGCGCUCAUAUCUGCACUGACACAGGUAAAACGGCAUGAAGGAAUCGAUAUUCCUCUUCGUCUUCCGGUUGAUCCAAGAAAUGGACCAGAAAUAUACAGGCUACCCUUUGAUUUUUGUUUCUCAUCUAUAGGCCUGAGAAACUCAUACCUUUUGGGUAAUGCUCUUUCACAUUACGAAUUUUCUAGGCAUUUACUUCUUUUGAUCAAGAAGUGGGGUCGAAGUAGCGGAGUUGUAAACUCGAUAGAUGGCCUUCUUGCAAGUUAUGCCUUAACUGUUAUGUGUACUCAUUUUUUGAUCAAAGUUGGGAAAAUACCUAAAGUGUCAACGCUGCGUUCUACAGAUGAGCCACAGCUUCUUCCAUUAUUUCCAGAUUAUCGUCCACUUCAUGAUGGUAAAGACUCCGACGUUGCAGAACUCGGAUUUUUAACCGCAGCCUUUUUUGAAUACUACAGUCGUAUUUUUGAUUAUGAAAAAGGUGUCGUUUGUACAACAAAUACAAAUCUUCUUAAGAAAACAAUGCGCUGGGAAAAAUCUCCUGGACUGGAAACUGGACGACCACCGUUUUUCGAGUUUGCCAUCAAGGAUCCAUAUGGUUUGGACAAUAUAGGUAGAAAUCUUGACCGAGAAGCCACAGAAUAUGUUAGAGAUGCUCACAUUGGCGCUCUAAAGUCUCUACUUGAGGGAAUAAACGACCCCGAGUUUACGAUCAACACCGUUAUACAAUCCCCACCACGACCACAUAGGAAAAAUCGUACGCUAGCCUCGAGGGGUAUUGCCUCUAUAAAUUGCUCGCCGGACCAACUGGAGGCUUAUCACAUGAUGAAAAAGAUGGAGUUUCACGAACGUAGAAAGGACAUGGAACAAUUUGGUCAGAGAACUGUGAGACGUUCAGAGCAACAACGUGUUGUAUCAAAUGUCGCCAAUGACGUUCUUGGCUGGAUACGUAGCGAUGACUCUCAAUAA